AAAAAAUAAGUGUCAAAAGUGAUAUGUUUUUGUCAAACUAGUAGGAGAUUUUUCUAAAAGCAAAAAUUAUCCUCAGUGUUUUAUCGUUAAAAAUAUAACUUUUGGUUAAUGAAUUCCUAAAUAGUGUUUUAUGACCUCGUUCUGUGUUUAAAUGUGCCGUGUAGUGUCGAAACAAAGGAGUUGGGGAUAUUACAACACCGUGGCAAAAGAGAUCACUAUUCAUUUAAUCUGCUACAACCAGCGGCGGUCACCGUCGCUAGUAUUAAAAUGCGUUCGUUAUUAGCGUAUUACGCUGACGCAGUGAUGUCGGCGGCGGCUCGCGGAGCGGGCUGUGCGCUCGGAUGCAGCGGUCGCGGGGAUUGCAUGAACGGUACCUGUCUCUGUGAGAUACGGUACUCGGGAGACGAGUGCGCUGGGCCAAACCUGCCCUAUCAUGCUUGCAUCGGGGGCGUGUUCCUACUGGUCGCGUUCGUCUGCGCGGUGCAACUCACGAUAUGCGUCGUCACCGAGUACAGGCGACUGAAGGCGCCCACUUUCCUGAGGGCUUGCAAAGUUACGACUCAGAAGAUGUUGUAUCUGGUCGCAUUCCUCGCGUCUCUGAUCCGCGGCGCGUAUUUUGUGUCACCGUCUGCAUUCCAAGAGGGUUGGGCGACUAGUCUACUAUCAGCUUACUACCCUCUGAUGAUGUCUGGAUCAUCACUCAUCGUCUGCUUCUGGGCAGAGGUAUUCCAUCUCCGUGACAUCCGCUGGGAGAGGCCGAGGUUCAUCUCGAAGUCGUUCCUAGCCUUCGUGACGUUCAACGUUAUCAGCUACUCGUUGCUGGCGGCCGAGGUGCUGACCACUAACAUUGCUGAUACUUCUGCUGAAAAGAAGAGUUUUUAUCAGCAUGUGUUCAACGGCUGCUACGCGGUGCUUCUGUUCAUAGUGGUUAUAUUCUUUCUCAUUUACGGUGUUGAAGUAUACUUUAAGCUUCGAGGAGAAUUUCUUAGGGAGACGAAGGUCUGCACGAUAAUAUCACCACGACCCGGUCCGUCAACCGCCGCCGAGGGUGACGAUGUUCAGGACACGCUCGUCACUAAACAGGGUAUUCAAACAGAUCUGGCCGAUUCCGAUGGCUCCGUGGAUCCAAGAUCAGUGAAUCACUCGCAGUUGCACCAGUCACGCGUCGGCCUGGUCAGCCAGGCGCUGAUGCUCAUCCUAAUCGCUGGUUUCCUGGCUUCGGAGACUCUGAGUGAAUUCUGGAAGACCAAAGUGCCAGUCGUAUCUCGGAACUGGCACGACGUGGUGUUCCGCCUGGCCGAGAUCGGUGUCGCGCUAUGGUUCCCCUGCGUGCUGUGGAACUGCAUGGCGCCCGAGCGGCUCUGGUUGCUAAACCCGCGACGGCUGCUCGCGCGGCAGCUCGACGAGGCUCGACUGUCGGACCUUCUCGCGCACAAGCUACCCACGGAUAGCAAGAAUUUGGUGGAGUUUGUCCAACUUUCGUGGCGCGUAAAGGCGCAAUUUGUAAUGGAGCUGUACCAAUAUUGGCGUUUGGCUCUUUGGAACGUUAUUUACGCGACGUAUCUUUAUACCAUUCCCGUGAAGUCGAUUGAAGAUAAGCCUCCGCCGAAUGUGGAAACUGAUUCGCUCGUGGGCAGCGUCGGCUCGAGCCGCGACUGCUGGAUCUGCUACGACAGCGCGAGACCGGAGCCGCUCAUCACGCCGUGCCGCUGCACCGGCGACGUGGCCGCCGUGCACCACGACUGCUUGAGGAGGUGGCUCGUGGAGAGCGCUGCGAGCCCCGAUGGAUUAAAAUGCAAAGUUUGCAAUACUCCAUAUAUAGUGCAGGAAACGAACAGGGUGGAGUGGCAGCGCGGCUUCACGUGCGGCGCGUGGCUGCGCACGGGGCUGAGCGUGGCGUGCGUGUGCGGCGCGGCGGGCGGCGCGUGGGUGCUGGUGCAGCUGUUCCCGUCGCCCGUGCCGCGCGUGCUGGCCGCCGGCGCCGCGCUGCUCGUGUGCUACGUCGCCGUGAGGUUCCUGGGUAUGAACACGGUGACGGCGUAUCAGCGAGCGAAGGUAUCCUCGCUGAAGAUUCUCACCGAUCCGGUCGACCUGAUGUCGGACCAGAGCCAGCUGUCCACCAUCAGCAGGACGGUCACCGUCGAAAUAGCAUCGAAGGCGAUUCUCGAUCAGGCCUUAAAGGGUGAUGUGAAGUAGUUCCACGGAAUCGACGCUGCGAAGGUUAAAAAGUGAUUUUGAACUGUCCCUUUUGUGACAUUGUCAAUACAUCGAACGAAGAAGAACUUAAAACUUUCAAAAUUCAUAUUCUAAAACGAUUACAAUUACAUGUGAUUGUCGAAAAGCGUCUUAAGAACAGUUACCGGCCAUUUACGAUGUGUACCGUUGGAGUAAUAAGUGUUGUGAUGUGUUUGUAUCAAGUACAAAGGAUGGCGUCAAUUGUUAUUAAAUAGACGCAUCUGAGGAUAGUAUAUUUUUUAUAGAUUACGUCCCACUAAUAUAGACUGUUCUGGAACGAAAUAUUUGUUGCCAAAAUUCAAUAGACUUCGUGUUUAAAUGUAAUUGUUUACAUGGUAUAUUCCAACGGCAGGAAUAGUAGAGUUAAUCAAACCUUAGAUAUGAAUUACAAACAGUUCUCGAUAAAUAUAUACUUAUUUCUAAUUAAACAAAAAAAAUAUUUAGAUCUCAAACAAUGAUGUUAAGUGAAGUUCAAAGUUUAUCGAUCUUUACUGCUCCUGCCAUUGAAAUCGACUAUAUCGAACUGUGCGUUCUUGAUACUUGUACAAUUGUACGUUAUUUUGUCAAAUCUGAGCUAUUUUUUUGGUUGUUUGUAUAUAUCUCUCCGUUAUAAUGCUAAUGAUUAAUUUAAUUAAAACUUAUAGUAAUACUAAAAAUGGAAUAUAUUAAAAUUCAUAGAUUUUGUACUAUUAAAAUACAUCCUACGUUGAAGUGCCAGUUAAAAAGGCUCGAAGUCAUUUUAAAAUGUUGAAAAAAGUCAUUUCAAGCAGAGCAAGCUUUUUUUUAUAGUAGCAACAUUUAAAACACAGUAAUUAUUUCUCUUUCUAUAUAUGUUUAGUUUGUUAUAGUUUCAUGAUUUCUCUUAUCUAUGCUCAGAUUAAAAGUAUUGGAUUUUAAACAGCGAACGGACGUUAACAACUAUUAAAUGUAAACGUAAUGCUGUAUCCAAGUAUUCAUUAAUUAAUUCCAAGUGUCGUCGUCGUGCAUUCAAAACGACGUAAAUUCAUUUUU